CAUCGCACAUGCGCAAUUCAUUCCGAAAAUGGCGGCCGUACAAGGUGGUAUAGGCGACGCGGACAUAAAAACAGACAUAAAAACAGAACCAUCGGCCGAUGGCUUUGGAAAUAACAAUGCAAACGAAGGUAGAGUGCUCUCUGCGUCCCCCGGCUCCAGCGCUUCGACUGGAAGCAACAAACAAUCGGCUGCGGUUCCCUCGGAGGAUCAACAGACACUGCUGGCAGUCCUACAGUUCCUCAAAAAGAACAAACUCACAGAGUCCGUCGAGAUUUUGCGGCGUGAAGCGGGAUUACCGGAAAAUUCACUGAACCUGAAGUCCACCGAAUCCUCCGGGGCAGGAGGUGCUGCGGGCAGUGUGGACUUGGAAGGCGGGGAUGCGAGCUCUCUUCUCAGCCGAGUUACCGGGUCAUCUUCCGUCGGAGCCCAGGCGCCAACAAAAGCAGCGGCUGGAGAGGACCAGCCGGAUGUCAGUGUGGUGCUGUCAGCUUACAGCCAGCAGGGAGAUCCAGCUCUGUAUGAGGUCUAUUACAGUGACCUGAAGAAGUUCAUAGAAACAGUUUUGGACUGUCAUAGAGCCGAACUGUCCCAGGUCUUCUAUCCGCUAUUUGUCCACAUGUAUCUGGAGCUGGUGUACAACAAUCAUGAAAGUGAGGCUAAGGCCUUCUUUGAAAAGUUCAGUGGGGACCAGGAGUGCUACUACGAAGACGACUUGCGGAUUUUGUCUGGCUUGACCAAGAAGGAGCACAUGAGAGGCAACGAGACUCUGUUGGACUUCCGCACCAGCAAGUUUGUCCUGCGUAUCUCCCGUGACUCUUAUCAGCUGCUGAAGAGACACCUGCAGGAACGUCAGAACAACCAGAUCUGGAAUAUUAUCCAAGAGCACCUCUACAUAGACAUCUUUGAUGGCAUGCCACGCAGCAAGAGCCAGAUCGAUGCAAUGUCUGGCAGCUUGGCAGGAGAGGCCAAGCGAGAGGCCAAUAAAACUAAGGUUUACUAUGGAUUGCUGAAGGAACCAGAAAUCGAGCUGCCACUUGAUGACGAAGAUGAGGAGGCAGAGAAUGAGGAGGGUAAACCCAAGAAAAAAAAGCCAAAAAAGGAUAGUAUGGGCUCCAAGAGCAAAAAGCAGGAUCCAAAUGCUCCUUCACAGAACAGGAUACCCCUGCCAGAGCUCAAAGACUCAGACAAGCUGGACAAGAUCAUGUACAUGAAGGAGGCCACAAAAAGGAUCCGUCUGGGACCAGAUAACCUUCCCUCCAUCUGCUUCUACACUUUUCUCAAUGUGUACCAGGGUCUGACUGCAGUGGACUUCACUGAUGACUCCAGCCUGAUCGCAGGAGGCUUUGCUGACUCCACAGUACGAGUUUGGAGUGUCACACCGAAAAAGCUCCGCAAAGUCAAGUCUGCAGCAGACCUGAACCUGAUUGACAAAGAGUCAGACGACGUGCUGGAAAGGAUCAUGGAUGAGAAGACGGCCAGCGAAUCAAAGAUACUGUAUGGACACAGUGGACCGGUGUAUGGCAUCAGCUUCAGCCCAGACAGAAACUACUUGCUCUCGAGUUCAGAAGAUGGUACAGUGAGGUUAUGGAGUCUCCUAACAUUUAGUUGUCUGGUGGCCUACAAAGGCCACAACUACCCAGUGUGGGACACACAGUUUUCCCCCUACGGCUACUAUUUUGUCUCUGGAGGACAUGACAGGGUCGCCCGUCUGUGGGCGACAGACCACUACCAGCCUCUGCGGAUAUUUUCUGGUCACCUGGCUGAUGUCACUUGCACUCGUUUUCACCCAAACUCCAAUUACGUGGCCACAGGGUCAUCUGACCGCACCAUCCGCCUCUGGGACGUCCUCACUGGAAACUGUGCGCGCAUCUUCACUGGUCACAAGGGUCCCAUCCAUGCACUUGCUUUCUCUCCCAAUGGGAAAUUUUUGGCAUCAGGGGCCACUGAUGGCAGAGUCCUCCUGUGGGACAUCGGCCAUGGACUGAUGGUUGGAGAGCUCAAGGGCCACACAGAUACCAUUUAUUCCCUUAGGUUCAGCAGGGAUGGUGAGAUCCUUGCUUCUGGUUCUAUGGACAACACAGUUCGCCUGUGGGAUGCGAUGAAAGCAUUCGAUGACUUGGAGACUGAUGACUUCACGGCAGCUACAGGACACAUCCAUUUACAAGAUAACUCCCAGGAGCUUCUGCUAGGCACCUACACGUCUAAAUCUACUCCUGUUAUACACCUUCACUUCACCCGCAGGAACCUGCUUCUGGCUGCUGGAGCCUUCAAUCCUUGAGACUCUGAGAACAUAACUAAUGGAAGCUAGAAAUUUGCAAACUUUUGAUCCCGACUGCCACAAGUAACAGAGGAAGUUUGUGGCACAGUGAAAAUAAAAAAAACUCAGUUUACAUUUGGCUAACAUAACAAAUGAGGUUAGCCAACCGCGUGAGCCAAACAGGACUGUACAUUUAAAAUCACUGUCUUGAGUACAGUGUCUACUCAAUACAUGGCUGACAUUUCUGUAUCAUAAUCUUUUAUACUGGUGCACAUUGUAAAUAAAGAA